AUGAAGCCGCCGAAGUGGCCAUUGGAAAGUCAAGUCAUAGUAUUGAUGGAUGCACCAACGGCAAGCACCCCUCAGGUUGUGGAAGACCAGGCUGGCCGACUUUAUUGCUCAUUAGAUCCAAAGAAAAGCCGUCAAGAGUUCAAAAGAGACAAUAAAGGAGUUCGAUGUUCACUUGUUCUCAAGGCAUGUGCCCACGCAACCCUAAAGAAAUUGGAUAAGCAGGCUAGAGUGAUUAAGCAUGAUGUCGGAAGACUGUCAGGUGCAAAGAGAUUUUACGCCAAGACACCAAAUCGAGGAUUCCAGACGGGGACCACAUUUGGUCGAAUAGUUCCACGCGGCCCGUUAAAUGACCUCUACAAUGUUAAUGGUGCCUUGCUUCAUAAAUCCGUUGAGAAGUCAUUCAACGGCGUGUCUAGGGUUGUAUAUGGCACAUCGGUUGGUGGAGCGGGAUCGCGUCUGAUCGUGAAUCGUCGACGACAAGAAGGCAAUCCUGUCCUGAAGUAUGUACGUAAUGUGCGCUACGAAUGGGGUGAUAUAGGUCCCGACUUCGAAUGUGGCUCUACCUGUGGAGUUCUUUACCUGGCAUUAAAG